AUGCCCGAAUUUGCAGGUUGCGCGAAGAAGACGGCCGUCGCAGCCGCCGCGCGCUCCGAGCACAAACCGCCGGCCGCGACGCCGACGAAACGCGCCGCGUCCGCCUCCCAACCAUCCACACCUACCACCAACAAGAACAACAACAACCCGAAAAAGGAACCCAGCAGUCAGGAUGUAGCGGCUGCGGGGCCGGCCGCGAAGACGCCCGAGAAGCCGAAGGUGAAGGAGAAGAGCCAGAUGAGCCAGAAAAGCCAGAAAAAAGGAGGAGAGAAGGAGAAGGGAGGAGGAGAGGAUGUACAGCAACAACCCUCUGGGGACGCCGAAAAGGAGAAGGAGACGGACAAGGAUGAGACGAAAGAGGAGGGAGCACCAGCUGGAGGAGGAGGAGGGAAGGGAAAGAAGAAGAACGACCACAAUCUCGCCGAAGAAUGGGGCCUAAACAAGGCGGACGAGGAAGAGGCAAAGACGGAUCUCGAAUCGGAGCACGAGGAGAACCCGUUGGCCAAGAAUACCGGGGCACUCAAGAGAAAAGAGGAUCGUCAGGGCGGAUCGCGACGGAAACGGCAGGGGCACAGCGGAAGACAGGGAAAGGCAAAAGGAGGAGAAGCACCAGCUGGAGCUGCAGGAGCAGCAGGAGCCAAGGAGAAGGACAAGGAAAAAUCGCCCGAUACGAUGUCGAAAAAGGCGGAGGAGUCGAUGCGGAUCGGCGACACGCAGAUGAUGGAGGCGAGAGCCAAUAAGAGCUGCUACGUCGAAGUGACGCAGACGAAUUCGGCUGGCCGGCGCAGCAAGGACUCGGGCGAGGGCCCGAAACCGCCACGCGACGCCGAGGCAGCCGCCGCCGCCAGCCACAAGCAGACCGUGUCGGCCAGCUUCACC